AUGUGGCGCACUGGUCUAUUUGCCUUCGUCCUGUACCUGUGUUCUGGCCUUGGCAUAACUGCUGGUGCACACAGAUUAUGGGCUCACAAGUCCUACAAAGCCCGUCUUCCCCUUCGGAUAAUGCUAACGGUCUUCAACACAAUAGCUUUUCAGGAUUCCGUAUUGGACUGGGCCCGAGACCAUCGAAUGCACCAUAAAUACUCCGAAACAGAUGCUGAUCCUCACAACGCAACGCGUGGCUUCUUCUUCUCGCAUGUCGGUUGGCUGCUAGUGAAGAAACACCCACAGAUCAAGGCUAAAGGCAAGACCCUUGACAUGAACGAUCUUUGGUCGGAUCCAAUACUACGUUUCCAGAAAAAGUACUACCUUCUUCUCAUGCCUUUGAGUUGCUUUAUAUUGCCUACAUAUGUUCCGACUUUGUGGGGCGAAUCAUUGUGGAAUGCCUUUUAUGUGUGUUCGAUAUUUCGCUACGUUUACGUCCUUAAUGUGACAUGGUUUGUCAACUCUGUCGCCCAUCUGUGGGGUUCCAAGCCCUACGACAGGCACAUUAACCCCGUGGAGACUAAGCCUGUAUCUUUAGUCGUUCUAGGCGAAGGUUUCCACAACUACCACCACACGUUCCCGUGGGAUUAUAAAACGGCAGAAUUGGGAAAUUAUUCACUGAACUUCACCAAAUUGUUCAUCGACACGAUGGCCCGGAUCGGCUGGGCCUACGACUUGAAGACUGUAUCUGCUGAUGUCAUCGAGAAGAGAGUAAAGAGAACCGGUGACGGUAGCCACGGUCUUUGGGGAUGGGACGACAAAGACGUCGACGUUGAAGAAAAGGAGGUCGCUCAAAUUAUUAAUCCUAAGGAGGAA